UUGCAGUGGUUAAAGAAAAUCCCAAUCCGCCGGAAAGAAUUGCGCGUACUUUCGAUUCGAAAUAAUAGUGAAAAUUAUUUCAAGCAGAAAUAUUGAUACAAAAAAAAGAAAUAUUUUGAAAAUAUUUUUGAAACAACACACGUUGUUGAAACCGAAAAGCCCAGUGAAAAUGAUUAAAAGUGAAGAGGUCUCGGAUCGUUCGGUUAUGACCAUGGAUCAGCUGGGUGGCUACUACCACGAUCCCCGCGCCCAUCCCCCUUUCAGCCACCCACAUGCGCACACCCACACGCACACCCACCCGCACCAACAUAGCCACACUGGACAUCUAUAUAGAGCAGGGAAUCUGUUAGCCAGUGGCAAUUACCAGACAAUGGGUGGCGGAGAAUCACCCACGGAGCUGAUCGAUGAGAAACCGAACAUCGGGUAUAUGGAGCUGAAGCACUACAUGGAGGUAACGCCCACUGCCACGCCCGUUUCGUCCGCACAGCAUUAUAGCCUGAGUGCCCUGCACAGCAUGGGCACACCGCCGGCAUCCUCCAGUCCCAUACCCCCUUAUGGCGUACUGAUGACCGCCCAUUCGGCCGGAUCCGCGUCCCCGCAAUCGAAUUCGAAGACGCCCACGGAUCUGCCGCAGGAUCUGCAGUACGUUAGCUCCAGCACAUCAUCCGCCAAGGUGCAGCCGUUGCAGGUGCAGCUGCAGCCGCUGAACCAUCAGUACGCGUCCACCAUUAAGUACUGCUCCAACAACACCAUACUCAGUGCGAACGACUACCAAUUGCUGACCAGCCAGGAGCAGGCGGGGCAACAGCAGCCGCAGCAGUUGCCAUCCCAGCAGCUCCAGCACUCACCAAGCGGCGCCUACCUGCCGCGGAUCUCCACAUCGCCGUCGCAGGUGAUCAGCAAUGCGCACGGCAUGCCCGUGCUGAACUACUCCAGCUCGAGUUCCUCGCCUGCCAAGUCGCUCAACGGAUCCGAAUCCUCGCCGCCCAGUCAGAAUCAUCUGGAGAACAAGGUUUCGGGCUCAGCGGUAGUUGGUACAGGUGGUUCCAGCCAGCAGGAUGCGCCGAGCACUCCGGAUACCACCAAGAAGUCAGGUACACGGCGUCCAGAGAAACCAGCACUCAGCUAUAUCAAUAUGAUUGGACAUGCGAUCAAGGAAUCACCAACUGGAAAGCUUACGCUCUCCGAGAUUUACGCCUACUUGCAGAAGAGCUACGAAUUCUUUCGAGGACCCUACGUGGGCUGGAAGAACUCGGUGCGGCACAAUCUCAGUCUGAACGAGUGCUUCAAGAAGCUGCCGAAGGGCAUGGGCGUGGGCAAGCCGGGCAAGGGCAACUACUGGACCAUCGACGAGAACUCGGCGCAUCUCUUCGAGGACGAGGGCAGCCUGAGGCGCAGGCCGCGUGGCUAUCGCUCCAAGAUCAAGGUGAAGCCAUAUGCUGGCCAUGCCAAUGGAUACUACGCCAGCAGCUAUGGCGAUGCGGGAAUGGACAAUGGCAACUAUUACGCCUCGCCCGCCUUCGCUAGCUACGAUUAUAGUGCAGCUGGAGCCAGUGGCGUCUCGCCGGCUGGUGGUCAAGGCUUCUCCGAUCCCUGGAACGCCCAUGCCGCUCACAGUGGUUCCUCGUCGGUGGGCGUGGGUAUGGGCGUGGGCGCUCUGCCCCAGUAUACGAACAUAUCCUGCCUGGCAGCCGGCGGCAAUGGCUCGGCCACCACGCCCCCGCUGGCCCACUCCGCCCUGGGAAUGGCCCCAUCGGCAUCAUCCUCAAGUUCGCCACUGGGAACGGCGGCGACGCUUCAAAGCGAUUAUGCGCCAACCGCGAGUCUCGUGGCCGCUGGCUAUUCCUAUGCAACAAGUGCCGGCAGCCUGGACAACGGCCUACGUUCGAUUUCGCUGCAGCAGCUGCCCGGAUUGUCCAGCAUCCAGCACGCCCAGGCUCAGGCCCAGGCCCAGGCGCACCACCAUCACCAUCAGCACCAUGCGAGCCACCCCAGCCACAGUCAUCAGGGCCACGGAUCCAUGCACCAGAACCACGGCACAUCCUCCACGACGCCGCCACCAUCGCAAUCCGGUGGCAGCCAUGUGAUCGAUCAUUCGCCCAUUGAUCGCAAGCCGGUUUACCUGCCGCCCAUCAGCCCGCCCCCCAUGAUGGUGGCUCUGAAUGGGGGCGGUGGAUACUACGAGGGACUCAAGUACGCCAACUAGCCAUCCCCCACUGGGAUGGCGUGCAUCAAUAUUACCUCAAAGGACACAAUAAUCACGUUUAAUUAGGCUCUAAGUAGUGGCACAGUAAAAGUAGUUGCAUAGCGCAUAGAAGGGAAACUAUAAUAUACAUGAAUAUAUAUAAAUAUAUACAUACAAAUAGAAAUA